CUUCCGGCGCCGGCCCCUCUUCCGGCGCCGUCCGCCUCCGCCUGUCCGACAGCUGAUCCGGUUCUUGCGGCGGUGCGUCCCGGCGCCGGAGAGUUCCGCGCGUGUCCUCGGGCUGUCCGCGGGGAAGCUGGUCCGGGAGUGGCCGCCUGCCCGCCUGCCUCGCGCCUUGCGCCCCCGGCACCGCUUCCAGAAGGGAAAGUCGCCGCCGCUCGCGGUGGACCCGGGCAGCGCUUCCAUUCCGCGGAGCUGGAAAUAGGGAUCCAGCCAUCCGUGGGUCAGGAGGAAUGGAGACUGCACCUUCCACAUAGAUUCACAAGCUGCCCUGCAGUGGCCUUGGCUUCAGGAAAGGAGCAUUCAGACGCUUCCGUCAGCCUCCCAGGAUGGCAGCCCCUGACCUGGCCCAUGGAGGUCAUGUUUCUAGGGACUCAGUCUGCCUUCAUGAAGAACAGACACAGGCAGCAGGGAUGGUGGCUGGCUGUCUGAUAAAUUGUUACCAGGACUCGGUGACCUUUGACGACGUGGCUGUGGACUUCACCCAGGAGGAAUGGACUUUACUGGACCCAUCUCAGAGAGACCUCUACAGAGAUGUGAUGCUGGAAAACUACGAGAACCUGGCCUCAGUAGGACAUCACCUGUUCAAACCCAGUGUGAUCUAUUGGCUGGAGGAGGAAGAGGAGUUGAGGGCAGGGCGGAGAGGAGUUCUCCAAGAAUGGCGACUUAAAACCAAAGGGCCAGCACUUCGGCAGGAUAGAUCUUGGUUCAGAACAUCAAAUGAGACACAGACGGCAAGAAGCCACAAUGGAGGGCAGCUCUGUGACCACACACAGUGUGGAGAAGCUUUCAGUGAACACUCAGGCCUCAGCACACACGUGAGAACUCAAAAUACAGGAGACAGUUGUGUGUCUAAUCAUUAUGAAAGAGACUUUUUUAUUCCAUGCCAGAAAACCUUGUUCAAAAUUGGAGAGCAGUUUUCCGUGUUGGGUCAGUGUGGAAAAGCCUUCAGCCCUACUCCAAAUGUUGUUUCCCAGCAAGCAUGCACUCGGGACAGAUCUCUUGACUGCAGCGACUGUGGGGAAGCAUUUCUUAAUCAGUCAUACCUUCAGGCACGUGCAGGAAGUCACAACGGAGAAGGAACAUGGAAAUGGAAGCCGUGUGGGAAAGCUCUCACUCACUCCACAGGCUGUGCCACACCUGUUGAAAUGCAUGCCAUCAGGAAUCCCCACGUAUGUAGGGAAUGUGGGAAGGCCUUUAGGUACACUGCCUACCUUACUAGUCGUGUGCAAGUCCACACUGGGGAGAAGCCCUGUGAAUUGGAAGAAUGUGGAAAAGCCUCCCCUGUUUCUUCCAGCCUAACUCAACAUGUAAGAAUUCAUGCUGCAGAGAAACCCUGUGAAUGUAAAGAAUGCGGAAAAGCCUUCACUGGACUCUCAGGUCUUUCUAAACACGUCCAAACAGACCCUGGACAGAAGCCCUAUGAAUGUAAGGACUGUGGGAAAGCCUGCGGUGGGUUUUAUCUACUGAAUGAGCAUGGAAAAACUCACACGAGGGAGAAGCCCUUUGCAUGUGUGGUUUGUGGAAAGUAUUUUAGAAAUUCCUCAUGCCUUAAUAAUCAUGUUCGAAUUCACACUGGAAUAAAACCUAUACAUGCAGCUACUGUGGGAAGGCCUUCACUGUGCGCUGUGGCCUUACUAGACACGUACGAACACACACGGGUGAGAAGCCAUACGUGUGUAAGGACUGCGGGAAAGCCUUCUGUACGUCCUCGGGCCUUACUGAGCAUGUAAGGACUCACACUGGAGAGAAACCGUAUGAAUGUAAAGAUUGUGGGAAAUCCUUCACUGUUUCUUCAAGCCUGACUGAGCACGCGAGAAUCCAUACCGGAGAGAAACCCUACGAAUGUAAGCAGUGUG